AUGUUGCCUGACUUCGGUGCUUUCCUAGAAGAGAUCCAAGAACCAGAAUGUGGACAAACUUCCCCCCGGGCUCGUGUUGUGGGUGGCUCCCAUACCGUCCUGGGAGACUGGCCAUGGCAGAUCAGUCUCCGUUUAUUGGGGAACCACAUCUGCGGUGGCUCCCUUAUCUCUAAAUCCUGGGUCCUAACUGCUGCCCACUGUGUGAUACUUCCUAAUGUUACAACAUCGAUGUUUUCAGUGUUAGUUGGCUUGUCCACUCAGGAAAAUGUGGAAGAACAACUGAAGAGACACGCACAGUACAGUGCCGUAUCAGAAAUUAUAUUUCAUAGUAAUUACUCCGAUACAUCCGACGGGUUUGACAUUGCCCUGGUGCAUCUGUCUCAACCUGUCAACUACACAGACUUUGUGAAGCCCAUCUGCCUGCCCCGUGCCGAUCACCACUUCCCCAUUGGAUCCUCCUGCUGGUCCACAGGCUGGGGAAACUUACAGGAAGGGGUUUGGAUACCCGAUUCAUGGAAACUCCAGGAGGUGAAACUUAAUAUUAUUGGAAGAUCAUCCUGUCAGUGUCUCAUCAACUCUGGCCCCACUGCCCUAAGCCACAACUUCACUAUAACACCAUCAAUGAUAUGUGCUGGCUUCAAGGAAGGCAAAAAGGACACCUGCCAGGGGGACUCAGGGGGUCCACUGGUCUGUGAGGAACAAGGUCAAUGGUUCCUGGCUGGAAUCACCAGUUUUGGCAUCGGCUGUGCGAGGAGGAACCGGCCAGGAGUCUUCACAGCUGUCAAUGCUUAUGAAUCCUGGAUCCAGGAACGUGUGAAUGACACUUCCUUCCCAGAACAACCCAAGCCUAUCCCAGCAGAUAUUCCAGAUGAGCCUCUUAACAACUGUACCCUUGCCUUGCCAGAAUGUGGGCUUGCCACCCAACCUGGUGAGUGGGCCUGGAAGGCAAUGGUAGUCACGCCAAAAUCCAAGCCCUGCCACGGGAUGUUGGUAGCAGAUAACUGGGUCCUCGCACCAGCCAGCUGCUUCCAAGGCCUGGAGGAUGACACUAGUGACUGGAAAGUGGUCUUGCCCAAUACAGAAAGCAAACCUGUUCAACGAAUUGUGGUAAAUGACAACUUCACAAAGGAUUAUGGCUACGAUCUGGCCUUGUUGGAGCUGGAAACCCAGCUGAGGGAUCAUUCACCAUGCUCCCUGUUGGUCAGCCUCAGCACUUACUUACUCUGUCUUCCAGAGCCACUCCAGUUCUCCAGUUCCAUGAUGGAGGCCGAAAUGAUGCAUCCCUGGUGGUGUUAUUGCCUACAUGGCCAGCAGGGGGAGAAAGUGCCUCUUCCUGGGGUAAACCCAAGAAUCUUGUGUGCUGACUACCCGAGAGAGGAGGAGACAAACGCCUGUUGGAAUGUUAGCAGUUGGGCCCUCCUUUGCCAUGAAGCAGGGACCUGGCUUUUGGCAGGUAUUUCAAUGCCGGCAGAAGAGAACUGUCUUCAGCCUCGGGUCUUCAACCCAAUGCAACAUCAUGAUCUUUGGAUAAGGAGCGUUGCCCUUUCAGUCUUCCCGGAGGAACAACUGGUCUGGGACGACGAAGGUUUCAAAGAGCUGUAUUAUAGGGAAGAGCUAAUGACUUGUCCCCCAAGAACUUGCGGCCUUCGACCAAAUCUGAGAAAUAGUAAUCCGUGGCCCUGGGUAGCAGAGGUGUAUGGGGCAAGGGGUGAAGUUUGCAUGGGCAUUCUGGUGAGCCCUGGAUGGGUCCUAGUAGCCACUCACUGUCUGACUAGGGAGGCCUCCACAGCAGCUGGUCUUGAGGUUUUCCUGGGUGUAUCAGCAGCUAAUCCCAUUAUCCAGGGCUACCAGGUGUCACGGUCAGUCUCCAGCAUUCACUUGCCCCAAGGAAUGGGAUCCAGAGCAUCCCUAGCACUCUUGGAACUAGAGACUAGGGUGGAGCCCUCUCCCUCCAUCCUUCCUGUCUGCCUUCACUCUGGGCCUGUCCCAUCUCCUGAGGCAAGCUGCUGGGUGCUGGGCUGGAAAGACUCUGUCAACCACGUCCUCAUGGCUGUUCCAGUUACCAUCAUGACCCCCCAACAUUGCCACUGCCUCCACCGAGGCACACUACCCCCCGGAACCAUGUGUGUUCAGUAUUCCAGUGAACAGGAAGACAGAUGUGAGAUGAACUCUGGGUCAUCCCUCCUGUGCGAAGAAGAACAUGGCUCCUGGGUCCUCAUUGGCCAGUCCAUUAAGGGAAGCCAGGAGCUCUUUGCUCCAGUGUCCAGAGAAGCAUCCUGGUUCUCCCAGACUCUAGGGAAUAUAACCUUCUUUGCUCAGUCCGAGGAGACCGAUGCAGCUGCCCAGGAAACUAGUUACCUUUGCCCUCAAGAACUGAGUGGGACCCCAAGCGCAUUGAGCAGCGCCCCAACACUUCCAAGAGCUGCCCUUCUACUGAUGUUACCUCUGUUUCUCCUACUCCGACUCUGA